CACCGGUGUACGGCUUGCAGCCCCCAGGAGCUGUGCCCCUGGGGAUGUCCUCCCCUGAGCACCAAGCUGCCGUCGGUCUGCACCGCCCCAGCGGGGUGUAUUUCGGAGCUGCCGGGAGGAAGAUCUCGCCUUUGAAGGUGCCCUUGAGCAGAUGACUGACAAGGUGAUGAACGGGAGGGUGCCCCUGCCCGAAAAAGCCUUGUCCGAGGGCUAUGCCCGCCUGCGCUACAGGGACACCUCGCUGCUCAUCUGGCAGCAGCAGCAGCAGAAGCUGGAGUCAGCGCCGCCCAACACGUACCUGAGCCGGAGCCGCAGUAUGUGGUACUCGCAGUACGGCAACGAAGCCAUCCUGGUGCGGGACAAAAACAAGCUGGAUGUCUCCAGGGACACGGGACAGUCCAAGUUUUGUGCUAUCAUGUAAUUCCGGCGGCUUGGCAUCAGGAAUCUGCACGUGGAGACGAACCAGACCUGCAUCAAGCUGGGAGCGGAGGGCUUGCACCGUCCCACCAGACCUGCGGCUAAGGCCGGGUGUGGGAUAGGUCAGGAAGGCUGCUGGAAAUUUAC